AUGGAAUCCAUACAAUAAAUAGGAGCAGAAGUAGAACUUUACAUUUCAGCUCAACAUCUAAAAAAUUUAGAUUUACUAUCAAAAUCUGAUCCAAUGUGUAGAAUCUUAAUUAGAACAGAUACAAAGUCGGCCUGGUCAAAGCUUGGAGAGACAGAAGUAAUUAAAGACAACUUAAAUCCUGUGUUCAAGACAAAUUUCAAGAUCUUCUAUCAGUUUGAGUCACAUCAAUACCUUAGAUUCGAAAUGUUAGAUGAAGAUUCCCCAGGGAAAUAUGAGUCACUUGGUGAGUGUGAAGCAUCUGUCGGAUAAAUCGCAGGAUCUUAGGGUUUCAAAUUAGAGAUUCCUCUGCUAAAAGGAGGCACAGAUACUAAAAGCGUAUUGAUUGCUUAAGUUAUUCCACUAAAAGUAUCAUCUUGGGACGUAAACUUGAGAUUAUCAGCAAUCAAUCUUCCUGGUCACACCACUUGCCUUUGUAUGAGUGAAAAGAGGCAUUAAUUGGAGAUUCAAAGAAUUGAAAAUAUUGGUGGAACUAACAGAUUCUUAACUUAAUAUGUUAGUGAAAUCACAAGAUCCGACACUACAACCACCGGAUUCAUUCCUAUAAGCAUAAAAGGGUAAAAGCUUUGCAAUUCAGAUAAGAAUAAACCACUUCUUUUCAAGUUUAAUAAUAACAUAGAUGGAACUUCUCAUGUAAUAGGUGAAACUGUUGCCUCUGUUCAAUAACUUUAAGAUGUUAAUUGCCAUGAUAUCAAAGAUAGACAUCACAGGGUUUUGGGCUAAUUGAUGAUAAAUCACAUAUAAGUUAAAGAGAAACCCACUUUCAUUUAGUAUCUUUAAUCAGGUUGGGGUAUCAACUUGUCUAUUGCAAUCGAUUAUACUGGCUCAAACGGUAACCCUUCAUGGCCAUCAUCUUUGCAUUAUCUUGGAGAUUAGAAUUAAUAUGAAAUGGCUAUUACUUAGGUAGGUAGUAUCUUGGAAUGUUAUGAUACUGAUAGAAUGUUCCCAGUUUUUGGGUUUGGAGGAAUCCCUAAAUUUAUGGGCUAAAACCUUGUAAAUCAUUGCUUCCCUCUAAAUGGAAUUUAUGAAAAUCCAUUUGUUUUUUCAACAGCAGGGAUUCUAUAGCUAUAUAGAUAAAACCUACCUGGAAUAGAGCUUAGUGGACCAACUUACUUUUCUCAUAUUCUCAAUUAGAUCACAGCAAUAGUAAAAUCUAGAGAAAAUGAAUAAAUUUAUAAUGUGCUCUUAAUCUUAACAGACGGAGAGAUCCAUGACAUGCAAUAGACUAAACAAAUUCUUGUAGAGGCUUCAAAGACUCCAUUAAGUGUCAUUAUUAUUGGAGUGGGCAAUGAAAAUUUUACCAUGAUGAGGGAACUAGAUGCUGAUGAGAGAAUUUUAUAGGAUAACUUUGGACAAAGAGCAGUCAGGGAUAUUGUUUAAUUCGUUAGAUUCAGAGACCAUGCUAAAAACUACCCAGGUCUUGCAAGUGAAGUGCUUAAGGAGCUACCAGAACAAUUCGUAAAUUACAUGCUUUACAAAAACAUAAUGCCAAACGGAUUCAUCCCUUCAGUUUGA